GCAUACGAGAGAAAAUGAAAACCUUUGAUCAAAAAGUGAAUUCCCCUUAGGUCAAAAUAUAAACAGAGGCAAAUUUGAAAGUCACGCAUGCGUUCUCGUGCGGUUGUCAGGACGCUGUCUUUGCGCGAACCAGUCAAUUAUCAGUAACGGUUUUCCUCUGAAGAUGAAUUUUUUACAAAAAUUUCCGCGAUUUCGGUUGAAAUUUUAAAAGAGCUGAAUAGAGUGGUCAUUAGUGUCCCUAAGGAUGACGGAGCGAAAAUUCACUACGCUCAGGAAGCGUUUAGAUCAGCUUGGUUACAGACAAGCUCUGGGAAUCGAAUCUGUGCCUCUUGUGGAGAAGCUGUUUAGCGACCUUGUACACACGACAGAAAGCUUAAAAAAUCUUAAACUUCAAGUAGGCAAACAGGAGACACAGAGGACAGUAUUCGAGGAUAAUGUCGAGCCGUAUAGAAGCGAUAAUGCGAAGCUCGUGAAAGAAAACAACGAGCUUCAUCUUCAGCUUAUAAAACUACGAGAAGAGACUGAUCAUGUCAUCAGGGAUCUUAAAACCAGCGUUCGAAAGUUGGAGCACGAAAAUGCGGACCUGAAAUUUCUCAAUACACAAUAUGUACAUAAAGUUAAAGCUUUGGAGAAAGAAAACAAAGCAAAAACCGAACGAAUACAGGACUUGCAAGAGAAAAAUUUACAUGCAGUCGUGGAAACUCCUGGCGGUCGAAGAAAGCAAAUACCUCUUCGUCGUCAACGAAUGGACAUCGAAAGUACAGUUUCUCCCGCCCGAGAUCUAUCCGGCAAAACGGAUGAUAUGCAGGAUCCUUAUGUAGCAGACUUGUUAAGUGUUGCUGAUACUAGAAUAGAGGAACUACAGGCUCAAUUGUCACAAGUUCAGGAUGAAAAGUCGAGCAGUGAGAGACGAAACAAAAGUCUGCGAAAACAGGUGGAGACUCGGGACAAAGAAAUUGAGAGGCUGAACCGGCUAUUGGAUGGUGGCCGUCCUGUUGAUGCAGUGCUGAGAGAAGGCAAAAAAGACAGUAGUGAAAGGGUUGUUGCACACCUUAACGUUCAGGUGGAUUAUCUACAGCAGGCCAAUCACGAUUUAGAAAAACAAUUGAAGGAUACAAUAGACCAGCAUGUUGAGGCGACACGGCGAGCCAAUGAUCUAGAGGGUAAGAACGCCGAACUCCUUCUGGAGCUUAAAGAUAUCAACAGACUUUCCAAACAAGUGGAAGAAGAUAAGCAGCGAGAUGUCGGUAUUGUGCGAUCAGAGCUGGUGGAAACUAAGGCUGUACUGAAGAACCUUCAACACCAAGAGGGUGUGCACCGAACUGAAAUGCAGGAGCUUAGAAAGGAGCGACAGCACUUGAUGGAAGAGAAUGAACGGCUAGCUGUGUUGGUGGAUAACGCCGAGCAUGAUGUCAGACAUGUCACGGAGUUGUUAGAUAAAUCAGACAAGGAGAGGAAACGCUUGUCAGACAGAAAUGCGCAGCUCACUAUGAACGAGCGAGAGCUUGUCAUGGAUCUUGAAAGGCUUAAGUUAGCCAAGUCUGUGAAGCCCAAGAAAAGUCGAGAUAAGUCUCCCUCCAAGAUAGAAUCACUGGUGACAACCUUGGAAAAAGAGCGAGAUUAUUACAAGAGCGAAUGUGAAACACUUCAGGAUAUGAUGAGAAGGCGCCUGACAGCUGUGGAGUCACCAGCGACCAAACGAAAAGGCGGGAAAGGCAAAGCUAAGACUGUGGGUCAUCUUGAAAGCAUGACACAGCUCCUGCAGGAGGAAAGGGACUUCUACAAGCGUGAAUGUGAACUGCUUAGAAACAUGAAGGAGAAGAGCGUGUUAAUGUCACCUCCAACAAGGGAAAGGGUAUCACGUGACAGCCCCAGUGAAGUGAAUCGUUUGAGAAGAGAAAGAGACGAGCUGCAGUCACUUGUGGAGAAGUUUGAAAAACAUUUAACGGAGAUUCAGGAAAAUGUGAAGACGCUAACUCAGGACAGAGACAAUAUUCAACUACUUUACGAGCAGGCUACAGACGAAAUCCAGAGAUUACGACGCCAGGUUUCCCAAGCCCGGUCCCCUUCACCCUCGCGUGCAGCCUCGGCGGUUUUAACACGAGUGGAGUCUGAGAGAGACGAGGCCUUAGCGGAACUUCGGAGGACGAAUACCCAGCUAGAUAACUUGGAAGAUAAAUCUAAGGCAUUGAAGGAAAGCGGUCUUCAAGAGAGAAGACGGUAUGAGGAUAAAAUCGAGAGAUUAGAAUCCAUGCUGGAGAAGGUCGAGGCAGACAGAAAUGAGCUCCACACACGGGUGACGUCACUAAGAAACAUGGUUUCCAAUCUCGAGGACCAGCUGAAGCAAACUACUGCCCAGCUCUCCAUGGCAAAGGACUCGGGCUUGGAACUUGAAGCCGAGGUUAACAAAGUACAACUUACCGCUGACCAAGCUAACCGCACGGCGGAAGACAUGGAAAGGAGGCUGAACAGGAGAGCAGGAGAAUUGCAAGCUUCGGAAGAAAAAUGCGCGCAGCUGGAACGCAGACUAGAGGAAGUCGAAAAAAGGAAUGCAGAACAGAGUUUUGAGACUGCCGAGAUACGAGCAACACUAAAAUCAUUGGAUCGUGAGCGAGAUGAUCUACAACAACAAGUGGACGAGAAGACAGAGGAGAUCAUGAAUCUUGAGGCAAAGAAAAUACAGUCGGAAAAGGCAGAAAGCGAGCUCAAGAUGAACAUGGAAGAUGUCGAGGCUCGGUUAAGUCACGCCAUAGAACAGGGUGGCCUGAAGGACAGAGAAAUUAAGAGUCUGCGGAGACAGUUAGAUUCCAGGGACGAUGAGUUGGCUGAGAUGACGAGAGGAAGAGAAGUGGCUUUGAAAGAAAAUAGGCGACUUCAAACAGAUCUCAACACGAUGACAGAGGAACAUCAGGCGAUUCACCAACAACUGCAGGAGGCCCUUGAAGAACAAGAAAGUCUAAAGGUUCAAAUAUCUGAGUACGCCAGGCAAGUGGCCCGUGUAGAGGAACUUCUGGCUCAGAAGGAGCAGGAAAAAGAGGAAUUGUUGGAGCAAUACCGGGUGUUGUCGAGUGAAACAGAGAGACUUGUAUCUGAAUCCAAGGUGUCUGCUGGCAAAGUUACCAACUACCACAUGGAACUAGUACAAAAACAAAGAUCAGAGAUGGAACUAAGCGAUAAAAUUAGACGACUUGAAAGUGAAAUUCAACAGUAUGGAGCAUCGCAUCAGGCCUAUGACAUCCAAGUGUCCAGUCUCACGAGAUCCCUCGCUCAGAUGGAGGAGCAACUGAGACUAGCCAAUGAAGAUAGGGAGAAUAUGAUGCAAGAUCUUACUGCAGUCAGGGAACUUUGUAUGAAACUGGAUCAAACGCGAGAAUCUCUCUCUAGACAACUGGCUGCAAAAUCUUUAGAUCAGGAACAGAUGCGUGAGUUACUUGAAGAUGCCAAGUCUGAAACUGACAAUUUACGAAAAAAGGUGUUUUCAGAAAAAGAAGCCGUUAGAAGUUUAGAAGGGGUGCUAGCAAGGCAAAGAGAAAAGGAGUAUGUUGGAAAGAAGUCUCUAGAAACCACCAUUGAAGAAGUGGACAGAUUGAAAGACAGACUGACGAAAACAGAUCAAGAAAAAUCUUACCAACGUCAAGAGGUAAACACAUUACGUAAAGCAUCGGAAAGACUUGAAGAUGAAGUGACCAAAUUAAAGAAACAACUAGCAAAUGAGAAAUAUGAAAGGGAGAGAUUGUUACAGGAAACGACCAGAAGAGAAAGAGACGUCACUGGAUCGGCGUCCAGGGAGUCAUUAACGAGCCGAUAUUCUCGUAACACGGAUCAAAGGCUCCAUACAUCGUUCAGCAGUGGUGAAUUUGCGAGAUUAAAGCCAAAAGACAUGUCGUCGCCAUUAGCAUCUGAUCACAGCGACUCCGGCAGGCGGAUAAUCUCUCCAAUUCGUAGACGAAGCGAUGAUGAUGACUUCUCGGAUGCAAGCUAACGAAAACCUGUUCACCGAAAUGGACAUCCUAAAUUUAGAAGUGAAAAAUUGGCUCCAAUUUUCAUGACAGAAGAACGUUUUCUGCCGAGCCCACCGCGUUAAAUUUCUUAUCUGACUGUAUCACCAUUUGUAUAUGUUCGAUUGUAAGAUACCUGUAUACUCUUUCAAGAUUUUCCUAUUUUCCCAUUUGUUAUAAUGUAUAUAAGAGUUUUAUUAGUGGUACAACCAUAAAUAUCCGUCUGGAUUGUUUUUUCUUGCAAACAACAAACCUUUCAAAGAAGGUCAAGAUAGAACCAAGCACUUUGCUUCGCAUUUUAACGAGCUUCUCGCAUACAACACUGACAUCGCAACAGUCUCGAAAGACUCAAACGUUAGUUACAGAACGUCUCUGAAAUAAAUUAUAUCCUUGUUUUUCUCUGAUUACAAAAGUUUAGGAAAAUGGUUUAGCAAGUUAUUUUUAAGUGACCAUAUUGAAAUUUGAAAUUGAGAAACUAGUUUGAAAGUAUAAUAUUAAAAUUUAUCUUGCAAGAAAUAUUAGCAUACCUUUUUUCAAUAUGCCAUUGGGUAUCUUCACAGCGUGCCGUUGUUACUUGGUUCAAAGGCUAGGAAAUCAAAAUAGUCGUGUUUUGAUUUUUUGCACGCCACGUGCAGUUGUUGACUAUGUGAUUGGCUAACAAGUUUAUAAGCCAACAAAAUGGUUGUCCAAUUAAAAACCAAUCAAAAACCAGUUUUUGUUCGCUCGUUUACUGGCCGAGUAGUUUUGGAACCCAACAUUAAGACGGAAUUUUUUGAAAGGAAAAACGGUAUGUGUCAGUAUAUCAGAAUCAGGCUUUUGUUGUCUUCUGUGUGUUAAUCCAUUCUAACAUUUCGCACUUAUUUCUUCUCAACCCUUCUCACCCUUACAAGAAAUAUAGACCUACCGCUGAAAUAUGCAUUCAUGCACUAUUCACUACCAGAAAAUGUAAUUUAUAUGUAAUAAUUGAAGAUGAAAUUGAGUACAGGUGUUUUGAAGAGUGUUAGGAGAUUAUUUUACAUUGUUAUUAUUAAACUGAGAGAAAUAUAAGGAUUUUACCAAACAAGCUGAUACAGUGUUUAUAUUCAUCUUGCAACUUGCCUUCAAACACGAAAAAAAAGUAAAUGGAGCGCUCCGAGUUGCCUUUUGCCUAUGUCAAAACGAGUCUUUA